AUGUAUUUUCUCAUAAGCCAACCCUCGCCCGGCCUCUCACUUGGCUCUUUUACAGCAGCUCACUUCCUAUGUACUGCUACCCUGGGCUUCACGACCAAGGAUCAAGCUCGGAUCCGUCGAGCUGCCUCUACCUUGAUAUUUCUAUUGACAUUUAUUGGUGAUCGCACCGUUUCUUCUGUAUCGGAUAACGCGAGUAUUCGAUGCCUUCUCGUAACAUUCUCCUGGGUUCAGGCAUUCAAUGGCAACUCACUACUCUGUUUGUCAAAGGCCGAGUACAAGACCUUGAAAGAGGAGGGACAGCAAAAUACCACACCCAAGUCUGUUUUGAUCGGCAGUGAUGCCUCUGGCGAUGGCUCCUACAUUAGCCAUUUCACAUGGGCUCUCGCCAUGCAGUGGAAUCUGCGCCGCAUCAAGACAUCUAGGCCAGCCCGAAACACACCCCCAUUCUCCUCCAAAGAUCCAAGUUAUAUUCCAUCACGGGGUCGGUUUUUAGCGACCCGCGUUGGCGUCAUCGUCGCUUCCAUCGCCUACAUGUCCAUUAUUGGUCUCCAGCCCGAGCCAACUCGCGACUCUCUUUCUGGCAACAAAGCUAGAUUCUUCUCGCGGUUGAACGAUGUCACACUAUACGAACUUCUCCAGAGAGCCAUUUUAACUGUCACAUGGCUGUCUGGAAUUGGAACUACUAGCGAGAUCUGCUACAACGUAAUCGCUGUCGUGUUAGUGGGCUUGGGUCUGAGUGAACCUGUCAUGUGGCCUUCUUGGUUUGGCUCCUUUACGGAGGCUUAUAGUGUGCGCAGGUGGUGGGGCAUUUCUUGGCAUCAAACCUGGAGAUGUUUCCUUACAGAUCACGCCGAUUGGGUUGUAUAUAACUUACUGCACCUCCCCAAGGAUUCACCAAUUACCCGCUAUGCCAAGAACUUAGUUGUAUUUUACCUAUCAGGGUUGAUUCAUUUAGCACCUGAUCUUACUAUUGGUAUGCCUCUGAAAGAAUCUUCUGCUAUAAUGUUCUUUACUUUCCAGGCAGUCGGUAUUAUGAUUGAAGACCUGGUGCAAAGCUUCAAUGAUCGGAUCGGGCUGGUUAAGAGUUCGAUUGUGGCUCGAUUCGAUGAGGAGCACGGAACGUGGCACUUGAAGAUUGAACAGACGCUGCCAGACGGUUCUAAGACAAUCAUUAAGGAUGAUUGUGAUAUGCUGCUUGGUGCGUUGGGGAUUCUGGACCGGUGGGAAUAUCCCGACAUUCCUGGAUUGAAGACGUUCAAAGGUCGGGUGAUUCACACAGCUGAUCGGAAGCAAUGGGACGAAUAUACCCAAGACAAGUGGGCCGGUCAAACUGUCACUGUCAUCGGUUCAGGAGCCAGCAGCCUUCAGACAGUCCCGGGAAUGCAGCCGCAUGUCAAGAACAUCGAGGUUUUCGUCCGUUCCCCUAACUGGUUCAUCGGCAACGAAGACGGCUUUGACUCACGUCCUCAAGGCUAUGUCUAUACUGAGAAAGAAAGAGCCGAGUUUGCUCGAAACCGGGAAGCUCUCUUUGCACACGCGAAAAGCAACGAGAAUUCAUUCAUGAUGGUAUGCAAGGGUACCUGUGAUAAAACCGCUCAGCGGACUCGCAAGAUUAUCAAGGACUAUCGUCUCUUUGAAGGGCACCUCCCCAAGUUCAGUGUUGGAUGCCGACGUGUUGCGCCCGGAGAUGCAUACAUGAAAGCGAUUCAAGAGCCAAACGUCAAUGUUCACUUCUGUGGAGUCGCUAAAGUCCGUGAAGAUGGUGUUGUUGGAGACGACGGGGAGUUUACUAAGUGCGAUACCAUUGUCUGUGCAACAGGCUUCGAUGUCUCCUUUCGCCCCCCAUUUCCACUUCUUGGGCUUGGCGGCAGGGACUUGCGUGAAGAGUGGGCCAGCAUACCUGCCAGCUACAUGGGGGUCAUGGCACCCAAUAUUCCCAAUUAUCUGAUGUACAUUGGACCCAAUUGCCCAGUGGAGAAUGGCAGCAUCAUGGGUCUUCUCGAGGCUGUUGUUCAGUACACCGUGAAGUGCAUCAGGAAGAUGCAAACCGAUAAUAUCAAAUACUUCGUACCAAGGCCUGAAGUUAUGGGCGACUUUAACAAGCAUACCCACAGCUGGUUUAAGGGCAUUGUUUGGGAAGAUGAUUGCAACACCUGGUGUACAUUUGCAACGUACUUCCAUGACAUAUUAGUUACCUUUACUGACUGUGCGUGCUACUUUAGACAAAAACCGCAAGACAGGAAACGUCGACGCUAUAUGGCCAGGUAGUGCUUUGCACUUCCGCACGGCGCUUGAAGAUCCCCGCUGGGAGGACAUGCAAAUUCGCUACCACCAUCCAACUAACAGGUUCAACUACGUUGGGUAUGGAUAUGCACCCAGAGAUCUGGACCCAGAUCCAAAGGCGGAUACGUCGCCAUACUUGACCUUGGACAAUCUAGACCCCCGCUUCUACGAAUAGUCGAGCAACAAGUAACUUCUCUGCCAUCCUCGC